UCUCGAUCCCUGAGCUUCCUAUUCCCAGAUUCACUCUCUCUCUCUCUCUCUCUCUCUGAGAUGGCCAUAUUAACAUUAACCAUGUCCACUGAACCCUGCCGGAAGCUUCAAGCCUUCAAAUAGCUCUCUCACGCCUACAUGCUCUGUGUCAACAGAUGUUAUGUUUGAAACUAAUCCCCACCAAGAAAAAUGGGUUGCACUUCUUCUAUGUACGCUGUUGGAAGGAAGAAGAAGAAGAAGCUGAGUGUACCCGAAGUCGUGGUCUUCCUUCCCUCAAUGAGAAUUCCAGAACAAUCUAAUCUUCAAAGACCGCUUAGAGGGCUAAUUCCCAAAGAUCUUGCCGAUAGGUUGUCUUGCAUCCGGAAUCAGAUUGUGCUGGUGGCAGAAGAUACUGCUCUUGCAGGUGGAUCAGCUAUAACAGAACUACGGCAAGCACUUGAGGAAUACUUGUCUGUUUUGAUUGGACUCACAAAGAAAGAAAAUGGUAUUGAGGGACUUGUAGAAUUCAAGUGGAAGAAUUUAGAAGAUGGACGGCAUCAGGAAACGUGUGUAGCCAACUCCUGGUUUGAAUUGCUGUCUGUUGUUCACCUAAUGGCUAUGCUGACUUUGUCAGAGGCUGAUUCGUUAAUGAUCCCUAAGGACCAUUCUGGUUCUGGUAUAAGGGUAGUAUCUUCAGAUUGCAAGAGGGAUGCUGUUGAUUUGUUACUCAAGGCAGCAGGAUACUUGGAAUUUUGUGUCCGGGAUGUCCUGGUUUGUAUGCCACCAGAUAUCAAGGAAAAGUUGCCCAAAGAUUUGCAGGAUGGUGUACUGGAGGCAAUUUCCAUUCAAGCACUAGGCCAGGGAACUGAAAUUCAGCUUGGUUUAGCUGUUGAGUGUCAAAAGGCCACUUUAUCAGUGAAGAGGAGGUUGGCAUGUGAACAGCUGAGCUAUUUUAGCCAGGCUUAUCACUGCUUGUCAGGGGGAGACAUGGACACCAAUAAUGGGUGUGGAAAGAAGCAUCUCUGCUUCAUCAAAUGGAAAUUCCUUGAAGCAAAGGCUGCAGCUUACUACUACCAUGGUCUGAUCCUUGACAAGGGUAAUGAACCAUCCUUUCAUGUCAGUGCUGUGUGCUGUUUUCUUGCUGCAGAACAACUUCUGUCAGAGAGCAAGAAGGCAUGCCUGAGCUUUUCCCUUGCAGCUCCUGUGACGAGGGCUCCUCCACUCUGGGGAUCUAUGAAGCAUUUACGUCAGAAAAUUCCUGAAGUUGCAUCAAGGAAGUCUCAGAUGUAUGGCUACCUCUUAGAACAAGAGAAGGCUCUCCAAGCAUUGCCUGACCUACCAGAAUUUCAAUUGUCAUUAAGGCCUGAUGACUAUCAACUACCUGAAAUUGAUCCAGCUUGGGAUAGUGAAAAAUGGGAAAUUCCAGGCCAGCCUCUGAAAGAUCACCUCAAGGAUAGUGAAGAUGACAUUGAAACUGAAUGACCUCUUCUUAUUUCUCUCUGUAGUUGAAUACAAAAUUUGCUGAUUAUAAAAGCGAAUACAUUAUGACAGAAAAGAAACAAUAUAUGAUUGCUUCUACCUUA